GUUUACAACACUAACCACUCCAGCUGAUUGCCCUUUUUGACUUACCGAAUUUAUUUAAAAUCUUAUCGCAUAUUAAUGAACAGUCAACAAAAUUUUUGUUUCUGUUAAAAUAAGAAUAUUACUUUAAAAAAUAUGAAGCUUUUAACCAAGACAAUAAAUCCAACAAAUACGCAUAGCGCAACAGUUAUAUUCUUCCAUGGAUCAGGAGACACAGGAUCGAAUCUAUUGCAAUGGGUGCGUUUUCUUUUAGGCAAGGAUAUGGAAUUUCCGCAUAUAAAAAUAAUGUAUCCGACAGCACCCUUCCAACCAUACACACCAAACGAUGGCCAAUUAUCGAAUGUGUGGUUCGAUCGAAGGUCAAUUGCCAUUGAUGCAAAGGAAAAUAGAAAGAGCUUAGCGGAAAUCUAUGAGACAGUCCAUGAAAUGAUUAAUAAAGAAGUUGAAAGUGGCAUACCGGCGAAUCGUAUUUUGGUCGGAGGUUUCUCGAUGGGUGGUGCGCUAGCCAUUCAUACAGCCUUCCACCUUAACACUAAUCUAGCUGGUGUGUUUGCUUGUUCCUCUUUUCUCAAUAAGGAUUCCAUUGUAUUUGAUUCGUUAAAAAAUCGUACAAAGCCAGAUGCAGUGCUGCCAGAACUACUUCAAUUUCAUGGUAGUAGAGACAGAUUGGUGCCAAUGGAAUGGGGCGAGGAAAGCUUUAAGACUUUAACGAAUUUAGGAGUAAAAGGUAAAUUUACUCCGCUCAGUAAUGUAAUGCAUGAGUUGAAGAAACGUGAAUUGCUUGACAUACAACAAUUUAUACUGGAGAAGUUGCCGCCACAAAGUGGUGAUUUACAAAAUAAACUGUAAUGGUUUGGGAAUGAAUAUUGUUACUUUUACUUAAUAACUUAUUUUUAUAUUACAGAAAUUAAAAAAGGAUUUGUUUGGAUUAAA